AAUCAUAGAAUGUAAAAGUCUAGAGCCACUUAUUAACAGAUUGUUUAUGGCUUAAGUAGUGUUUCCUUACAAAAUCGUUCAUGGGUCAUGGCCAUCGGGUAGUCAGUCAUUAGGCCAUGAUAAUUAAAUUAAUAGGAGUGAUUUAAUUUGAAUUCUUUUUUCUUAUGAUUUGAAAUUUGUUGUGAUGUCUAUUAAUAGGUGUUGGUGAAAGUAGCCUAAACGUUUUCGCAGUUUUCUAAGAAAUGAACUUCUUUACUUUUAAUCAUAUUUAAAGUUAUAUAUUUCAAAGUUUUGUUAAACAUCAGCAAUAUCGAUAAAUGGAUACACUGAGCUUGUAUAUAAUAACAUGGAACAUAGCGGAACAGCUACCUCCCGCCACCCUAGACCUGACGGAACUGUUGAGUUUGGACAAGAAGAAGGAUCACAUGCCUGAUUUGUACAUCAUCGGGUUACAAGAAGCGAAGGUGGAUUUGCUAACAGGACAAUGGGGAUCUGUCAUAAAGAGCACGCUGAAGCCGUACGAUUACGUAGAGAUGAACUGUGUGCGGUUACUGGGCAUUGUCAUGUAUGUGUACGCUCGGGAACGGCACAUUACCAAGAUACGCAACAUGGAAACUGCGACAACUGCCACCGGGCUGCUGGGAAUCAUUGGCAACAAAGGAGCUGCAACGUAUCGGAUGGACCUGUACGGGGUGUCAGUUUGUCUUGUUAACUGUCACCUGGCAGCACACGAUGGGAAGCUGGAGGAGAGAAUAAACAACUACAACACUAUUCUGGCCAGCCAACGCUUCAAACAGAAUCCAGAGACUUCUUCUGUCUUCUUCCAUGACUACGUGUUUUGGUUUGGAGACAUGAACUUCCGCCUGCAGGGUACGGAGAGUCCGGCGGAGCUGGCAGCGGCUGUGGUGGAGAAGAGACUGGACGAGCUUUGGGAGAAAGAUGAGUUAAGUCGAGUUCGAGCUUCUGGCGAGGCCUUCAGCGAGCUUCAAGAGGAAAGGCCGAGCUUUAGGCCGACAUACAAACAUGAGUUCGGCAAGACACAAUAUAGCAACAGUAGGCGACCAGCAUGGACGGACCGAGUGCUGUUCAAAGCGAACAAAGACGCGUACCAGAACGUGACGUUAGAUGUUGCGCAGACGAGUUACCAGAGCAUAGAGAGUUACGUUGUGAGUGACCACAAGCCUGUCUUCGCAGAGUUUAACAUCAAGGUGUUCAGUCACCACUCGGACCGGGAGGUAACAUUCCAGCCUAUAGACACCUGGUACCUGGACGAGGAGAAUACUGCCGUCUGUCAUUUGCCUUCCGAUGUCACGCCUUCGAUCUGGGAUUGGGUCGGAGUCUAUCAGGAUAACUUGUUGAAUCUGCAUGACUACAUUUCCUACAUCUACCUGCCACAUGUGCGUGACGAUAAGAGCUCCAAUGCUGGCAACAAUGUUACUCUGAGGUUUCCAGCCACCGCAGUGCGUGCACCGGGUCUCUAUCGGCUGCUGUACUUCACACGUGGUGCAAGCAGCCUACUCGGCAUCUCGGCACCGUUCAGUGCCGUCCACAGAACUGGUGAUGCCCCGAGUGCAUCAGGAAGUCCCAGUCAGCUUGCACUUCAAACCAAUCUUGGAUUUUCAGCGAGAUUUGCAAUGCUUACGGGUCUCAUUCUUAUGUUUAGUUACUAUUUUAACUUGCAACACUUCUUAUAGCCCACCUCUUUCGUGUCCGGGGCCGCUCACUAACACUGAUAUUUUUAUUUCUUAAGGAGAAUUAUUAUUUUAAAGUCCCCAGUUUCUUCCCUAGGGCUAUGCUAAUGUAGAUCAGUUACCUUUGUAUUUUGAUUAUACUGUAGUAAAAUGUGUACAAUAAUGUGCUUAGUAAAGUGGAUAUUUUCGUAGAUUAGUUUAUGGAGUAUAAAACGACGGUUAUAUUUUUCAAGUUAGAGGUUGUGGUGUAUUUUUACAUGAUCUAAACUAAUAAUAUCGUAGUGCUUUUGAAGUGCUAUUCAAGACGGACUUAGUUCAUAUAUGUCGUCCUAAAAUUAGGUGUUUAGGGUACUUAAACUGAACCGAUAGCGUUAAGGUUGAAAUACAUGAAAGCCCAAUAAAAUUAAUUUAUGUUGAAGUUAAUAGAGAUGAGAUUAGCUGAAAAGACAGAAUAUUUUGUACUUAGUUGUCAAUCAAAGUUCCCUCCUAUUACAUGUAUUAUGUAGCCCAAGUUGUUUGUUAACAGGAAUUUACUUAUCCAUUGUAAGCCGAUGGUUGUAUGAGUGUUGAAGUGUUGAUAUUGAACUUAGGUCUUGCCUAGGUCACUUAUGUUCAAAUUCCGUAUAAAUAGAAUAAUUUAUCAUUUAUUUUGAAAAAAUUUUUUAAUUUGUAAUUAAAAAAAGACAAUAUAUUUUUUUAAGUCGUAAGUUGUAGAACUUUUUUGAAUAAUAACAAAAAUUUGAUAAUUUAUAUAGAUCAGACCUAUUUUAUCUCGAAAGUAGUGUAAUAUUAUUUUUAUUAGUUUCCAAAAGAUAAUUAAUUUUUCUGUAUUAUAGAUUUCCGUUUUUAUUAAUUUAGUUUAUGUUCAACUGAGAGUAGACUUUUCCAUAAGAUUAGUUUAUGGUGGCAAAGACGGAACUACAUUAAAAGAAUAAAUAUAGUGAAAUUCUAUAUUUAAACUUUAAAAAAUCAUUGCUUAAAUUCCCAAAUCUGGAACAACUAAUUAUACUUCACAUUAAAAAUGUAUAAUAAUGCCAUCUUGAGAUAAUUGCUAUAGCUCAUAAAAUUAUAAAGACCCUUGUUAAAAUUUAUUUUAAAAUAUCACAAUCUAUUAUUAUUAAUAAAAAACACACAAAAUGAUUGUAGUUAUUAAACUGGUAUUUUGUAACACUUCUCAAUAUCUUCUGUGAAAUAUUUUAUAAAGUUUUUAUUGCUUGUUCCCUUAAGAAUAAUUCUGUUUAAUGUUAUGUUAAUGUACAGAUAAAAAUGUGAAUGUCACAUUUAUUACCUGAUUUGGUUGCCUGUGUAUUUUACUUUGUGCAAACAAUGUAGUGUUUUUUAAUUACAUUGUGCUUGAAGAAAUAAAAUAACAGGAAAAAUAUAAUAAAAUAUUGGGUUAAUCUGCAUGCCAUAGUCUUAAGUAAUACAUGUAACUGUAAUUUCAGAACACAUCAUGUUUAGAAAGUAAUGUUAAACCAAAACAAUUAGGAUAUUCCUAUAUGUUACCAAGUAAAGAAAAUAUUUGUGGUUGCAUAAUAUGAGUAUACAAGUUUAGCACAAUGUUUUGGUUGCCUCUGAUCUAUUAUUAUGUCUAAUAUUAUAUUUUCGACAAACAGUAUAUUUUGCAGUUCGUUUGUAUAAAUUUCCUAAAAUUGGAAUUUUAUACUUUUCAGUUGCAAAAAGGACCAGAUUAAAAGACAUUGGUGUUCUAAUUGUAAGUUGUUGUACUAUAGUCGAAUUAAAUAUUAACUGUUAUAAAUUUGAUCAUAAAAAAUGUAAUUUAGUACAUUUGUGUGAAUGUAACAUAUCAGCUAAGAUCUUAUAACAUCGGUGAUGAAGAUUAAUGGAAUGGUGUACAUGAAAAUUCACAAAUUGAUCUCACAGAUGAAAACGAACAAACUUUAUCUUUAAUUAAUUAGAAGUAAAUAUAUUUUAUUUGUUUGAUCAA